AUAUAUUCGGCAGCACGGAGGUUGAUUUUGUUAUGAAAAAAAAAACACCUCGUAUUCAGUCUUCACCGUUAUGCUCAAGAAGAAAACGCUCGAGGUUUAGUGCAGAUUCUAAGAGGCUUUGAGUUCCAAAGAAGACGAUUUCAGCUCUACAUAAGCCGUCUCCGUUCGACAGAUAUUAAGUACACUGUAGCACUCGGCAGUUCCAUACAAGGCGGAAACUUCAACUGUUCAAAUGGAAACGCGCCGCUUGUUCUUGGAAAAGACGCAUUUGUAGCUCAUCGCAUGAUGCGCUCAGGUCUAUUGAAGAGGCUUCUUGGAAUCUACCCAAGACGUUUUAGUGUCCUGACUCACAGAAGAAGCUGUUUCGCCGUGACUACUGUUAUCAACGCUCUGCUUCGAACGUCUUAGGAAUUCUUGAUGCCCGUUUUUCGUAUUCACUCGAACUUCAGAGGCCAGCGGUGAGUGGAACAGGACACUCCUUCAUGAACUGAGUUGAGGCGGACAUGAAACUCACUUUCCGGAAGGGAUACUGAUGACGUCACCGCCUCUGUGCUUGUAGUUCCUCAUCCAUUGCGUUCUGAAUAGGCAGGCAGGAUAUUACAUCAGCCCUGUCCGACUUAAUGUGUAGUUUUCUUUGACUGGGGCGAACGAGUGACGUGAAAUAGUUGAUUCCUCCGACCCUGCUGCCGCCUGGGAUAUACAGUAUUGUUUCGUUUGAUUGACGUGAAACAGGUUAUUACUCCGCCUCGCCCGGGGCCAGACCGGCCGUUCCGGUAGCGUUUUGUUUUAUUUAGUUUUUCGGCAACAUUUUGUUUAAUCUAGCUUUCAGUACCGUUUUUUGUUCGUUUGUAUUUAGAUAACGUGAAACAGGCUACAGUAUUACUGCAGCCUGCCUCGGCCACAGGUGCCAGACUGACUAUUGCAUCAUUCACGUGCCGGCCGGGCCACGCGUGCGCACUGAUAGCGCGCAAUAUUGACCGGUGAAUUAAGAGGAAUUUAAAGGCAGGCUGACGACGGCACACCCUCCCUAUUGUGUACACGUGGACGCGCUACUGUUGACUGCUGGUCAUUCUGAAGACGCUGUCGCACCUUCUCAUCGUGACUCGGGAAUAUCGCGUCGCCACACCUGCCGCACUUUACCUACCGUGCCACCGACCGGGCCAUAUACAGGUCUGGCGAGAACUUGACGCGAGAGACAAGGCUGCUUCUCCCGACAGAGCUGUCAGAUAUCGCCGAGACACCGAUACAGUCAGUUAUUUCCGAUACCGGCACAGUUAUUUCCGAUAAGUUAUUGCCGAUACAGUCAGUUAUUGUAUAUACGCUCAGCUAUCGCCGAAGGAACGGUCACAUUUCUUAGAAUACUGCCGACCCUGAACCUGCUAGGAGGUAUACAGGCGGAAAUACGCGUGGUGAAGACUACAGCCAGAGAACUAUACAGAACAACUCUCUGCCAAAACAGCCCGCCGGCAACUCUACAACAGGAUGCGGCGUGCAACAAGCGUGGCGCUGGUCCUGGUGCUGAUACCCGUCAUAUCGGCUAGAUAUACCUCCGGUGGCGCCAGCGUUGCCAGGAGAAGCGUUCCUCAUGUGAACAACUGUGUGAACAGCACGUACAUGACCGACCAUGGGCGCUGUGUCCAGGACUGCGGCCCCGGCUGGUUCGGGGAGGGGUCGUCACGCUACUGCCGCCCGUGUGAGGGGAACUGCAAAACCUGCGCCCUGUCAGGCACUAACUGUACCAGCUGCAGGGAACCGCUCUACCUCAAGGACAACAGUUGUGUAGCUGACUGCCUGCCCCUUCUGACCCGCGGACCCCCCAAGCAGCGGCUCCGGCUGAUUGGUGGAGGCUCACAGUUCGAAGGUCGGGUGGAGGUUCUGCACGAGGGAGUCUGGGGGACGAUCUGUGAUGACAGCUGGGACCUAAAAGAUGCAAGGGUUGUGUGCAAGGAGCUAGAGCUGGGAGACGCUGUUGCAGCUACAGUGCGUUCGGCCUUCCCAGCAGCCUCUCCUGAUGUUCCCAUGUUGCUAGACGACGUGGAUUGCAUUGGCGAUGAGAGCCAGCUGGACUUCUGCGGUCAUCGGGAGUGGGGCAAACACAACUGUGGCCACUCUGAGGAGGCCGGUGUGCGUUGCUCAGGACCGGACUUGUCACGCCAGUGUGUUACGGAGUGCGGGGAUGGCUUCUACCGGGUUCCUGACACCAACCAGUGCGAGCUGUGUGCGCCAGAAUGUCUGACGUGCUAUGCUGAUUCCCGACGUUGCAUGUCAUGUGACUCUCCACGAUUUCUGGAGGACCACACCUGUGUAGAGGACUGUGCUCCUGGUUACUAUGGCAACACGUUGACGCACACGUGCGAGCCGUGUGCCUCCAACUGUCGUCUGUGUAAAAACGGUCACGUAGACAACUACUGCAUCAGCUGCCACGAGGGCAUGUUCCUGCUGGGACACCAGUGUGUGACGUCGUGCGAGCCGCAGCUGGCCAAGCAGGCUGUCCUGCGGCUGGUGGGAGGUACCACUGUGUUUGAGGGGAGAGUGGAGGUGAAGUAUGGCGGAGAAUGGGGGACAGUUUGCGAUGACUCCUGGGAUAUCCGAGACGCGGAUGUUGUCUGCCGUGAGCUGGGAUUUGGGCGCGCUCUGUCUGCGGUCAGGUCGGCUGGAUAUGGAGCAGGAACAGGGCGGAUCUGGAUGGACAAUGUCUCCUGUCGCGGAGACGAGAAUGAGCUUUUCCACUGUCUACAGAGGGAGUUUGGCAUAAAUGACUGUAACCAUCAUGAGGACGCUGGUGUGCAGUGCUCAGGACCUGCCUCAGGAGGUGAGACCGGCACCUGUGUGGACACCUGUGGGCUGGGUUACUACCUGCGUGGGGAGGCUGAGUGUGUUCCCUGCACCUCUAACUGUCUGGACUGUCUGGAGUCGGAGGAAGUGUGCACCAGUUGUAAAGCUCCCAUGUUCCUUCAGAAUGGGCGCUGUGUUGUGGACUGUGGCCUGACCGAGUACGGGGUUAUUUCGGAGAGGGUGUGUCGACCCUGUAACCUGGAGCUGUGUGGACGCUGUGCCAAUGGGGAGAGCGACAGCAACUGUACAGCAUGUCCUGCUGACAAGGUGCUGAAAGACUCGGCCUGUGAGACCACCUGUGGACCAGACAUGUUUCUGCUCAACCACACCUGUGUCUCCGAUUGUGGCCGGGGGCGCUAUGGCAACCCCACUAACUUCCUUUGUCAGCCCUGCCCUGCUGACUGUCUCACCUGCGAGUUCUCGGCACAACAGUUGGUCUGCACGUCCUGCAAGGCCCCAAAGGUCUUCCAUAACCAGCGCUGUCUCAACAUGUGCCCCACCGGUACCUAUGCAGCCAUGAUGGACACCUCACAGAUCAACAUGUAUGCUGCCAUCCGAUUGGCUGGAGGAGAUAACCAAUUAGAGGGCAGAAUUGAGAUUUUAUAUGAUGGACACUGGGGGACUGUCUGUAAUGACUUCUUUGACCUGGAUGCAGCCACGGUGGCCUGCAGACAGAUGAACCUGGGUGCUGCAGUGGGGUUGAUAGAUCUGGACUCAGGAGAUAUCGAGCCUGGCCAGGGACCCAUCUGGUUGGAUAACGUCAUGUGUAACGGCAACGAACAGCGACUGGAGGACUGCUACCGACAAGAUUGGGGAGAGAACAACUGUAACCACAACAAGGAUGUCGCCAUCCGCUGUGAAGGCCCAGGUGUUCGUCAAUGCCAGUCCAGUUGCCCAGAUGGUUACUACGGUAACGCGUUGGACAACACCUGCCAGCGCUGCUUUGCCAACUGCCUGACCUGUGCCGGGACGUCCUUCACCUGCGACCGGUGCAAACCCGGCUUCUACAACAACGGCACGACGUGCGUGUCCAGCUGUGGGCACGGCUUCCAUGCGCGGGACAGCGACGGGACCUGCCAGCCCUGCAGCCAAUCCUGCGCCUCGUGUGAGGGUGCUGCGGAUCGCUGUACCAGCUGUCCUGAGGACAUGUAUCUGCAAGAUAGCACCUGUGUGGCGAGCUGCGCAGAGUACCAGCUGGCGCAGUACGACCGUGUCCGGCUGGUGGACGGUCGCACUCCGUUUGAAGGUCGUGUGGAGGUGAAGUACGGGGGCGUCUACGGGUCUGUCUGCGAUGACAAGUUUGACCUGAGCGAAGCAGAGGUCAUCUGUCAGGAGCUUCAGCUGGGGACAGCGCUGGAGGCUGUGGGGGAGGCUGUGUUUGGGCAGGGCUCAGGCCAGAUCUGGAUGGAUGAGCUGGAGUGCUCCGGAAACGAAAGUUCUGUUUUCCACUGUGGACACAACGGAUGGGGCGUCAGCGACUGCCGCCAUUCAGAAGAUGCAGGUGUGCGCUGCUCAGGCCCAGACAGGUCCCGUGUGUGUGUGACAUCGGCAGAAUGCUCGGACGGGUAUUUUGUCAGCGAGGAUGGAAAGAGCUGCGGGAAGUGCUCCUUCAACUGCCUGCGUUGCCAAAGCGACCCUGACCACUGCAUCGCCUGCGGUGACGAUCGGUUCCUCAACCCGGACACAAACCGCUGUGUGGACUACUGUCUGCAGGGCUAUUAUGGUGAUCAGGCAACCGGAACAUGCAAAAAAUGCAGUUCCCAGUGUGCGGACUGCAGAGACAGCCCCACCAACUGUAUCCAGUGCCCCGCUCCAAAGUACCUGAGCAUGGAGAACACCUGCGUGGACAACUGUGGCAGCGGCUUCAUCAUGCGCGGCAGCGAUGAGAUACGAUUGGUCAACGGGUCAGACAUUUUUGAAGGGAGAGUGGAGGUGUUCCAUGAUGGUGUAUGGGGGACUGUGUGUGAUGACACGUGGGACAUGCAGGACGUCACUGUCGUGUGCCGCCAGCUCAGCAUGGGCAACGCUGUCGCAGCUUACAGGUCAGGGUGGCUGGAUGACGUGGAGUGCCUGGGGUCUGAGCGAACGCUGCUGGAGUGUCCGAAGCACAGCGCAGGGCUGGGCCACGGAGACUGCCAGCACACCGAGGACGCAGCUGUGCGCUGUAGUGGCCCCGACUCCUCCCAGCAGUGUGUGGAGAGCUGUGGGCAGGGGUAUUUCCCUGGAGCUGACCGCAUCUGUCAGCACUGUGCCGCCUCCUGCAGUACCUGUGAGAGCAGCAAGGAGCGCUGCACCAGCUGCGCUGACCCGUUGUUCCUCGAUGGGACCAGUUGCGUGGCCCACUGCCCAAAUGGUUACUAUGGUGACGUCCUCCAGCGCCGCUGUCUGCCGUGUCACAGCAACUGUCUGUCCUGCUACAAUGCCGACAACAACGCUGUGUGCCGACAGUGCAGGCCAGGCUUUGCUCUCUGGGACUACACAUGUGUUGAGGAGUGUGCCCCCUGGGAGGGGUGGCACGUGCUGAGCAAUGUCCUGCCGGCGCGACCGACCAGCCCGGUGGUGCGUCUGGUCAACGGAGCCAGCUCUGCAGAGGGCCGCGUGGAAGUGCUGCAUGAUGGGAAGUGGGGGACGGUUUGCCAUGACGAGUGGGACCUGCAUGAUGCUGAGGUGGUGUGCCAAGAGUUGGGGUUAGGCCGGGCGGUCCAGGCACUGCGUUCGUCUGCAUUUGGUGCCGCGUCCGCUGACAUGCCGGUGUGGAUGGAUGAUGUGGCCUGCAUUGGGCACGAGCAGUCCUUGACGUUCUGUCGUCAGAAGGGCUGGGGUCAGGGCAACUGCGACUCUGGCCACACUGAGGACGCAGGUGUGAUCUGCGAUGGUUCCUCCCAUCAACAUCCACCACUGAACCUGUGUCGGCAGACUGAACCCAGCCGUUGCCAUGGCGACAGCUGCUAUCCUGGCGUGAACUGUGUGGAGGUCAGCCAAGGUCGUGACACGGAGUCAGUCUGCCUGGGCUGUCCUGAUGGGCAGGUUGGAGAUGGAACCAACUGUACAGUUGUUGCCACCUUCCUGCCGGACUUCAAGUUGAAGCCGUCCAACCGAACGGCCCGGCUUGGUUUUGCGGCUAACAUGGCGUGUCAGGCGGCUGGUGAUCCCGCGCCAUCCGUAACCGUGGACAACUGGUUCAAGAAUGGCAGACCCCUCCCAGCUGCUGACAUCACCAGCGGUCGUGUCAGCGUCCUGCGAAACGGGAACCUGCACUUCUCUCGAACACACCGGGAGGACUCCGGGGAGUACACCUGUCUUCUACGCAACACCCGCGGCACGGCACGAGCCUCCGCAACACUCACUAUUGAAGAAAAACCUGAGGUGGUGUCUGUAAAGCCAGGCGUUGCCGUCGUCGGCAGCCGUGCGUGUCUGCAGUGCGUGAUCGCCGGGUUACCAGAGUCUAACGUGACCUGGCAGCGCAACAGUCAUCAGCUGGAGGAAGAUCGCUACUCCAGUUAUGAUGAGAAUGGAACCCUGUACAUCGAUGACGUGCAGCAGGCAGACAGCGGAGAGUACCGCUGUAUUGCUGAAAACAUCCUCGGGAGCGACUUUGCCUCCGUCCCACUCACCGUGCAAGUGCCACCAAGCUAUACUCAGGAGCCUGUCAAUGUCACUGUUGACGAGGACGGCACAGCACUGAUUCCGUGUCAGGUGACAGGCAGCCCCCGCCCACAGGUGCUGUGGAAAAAGGACGGGGACAACCUUCCUACAACCAACCGCUUUGCUGUGCUGGCACAAGGUUUGCAAGUGUUGAACGUUAAGCGAGCAGACAUGGGCACUUAUUCCUGCAUUGCUCUUAAUGACGUCAUGAUCAUCUCCAAGUUUUCCCAGCUGCUGGUCCGAGGUCCUCCACACAUCACCCAAGGUCCCAUGAGCUACAACCUGUCCACAGGAGAGGCCAUCAAACUCCGCUGUGAGACCAUUGGAGUGUUGACCCCAACCAUCACCUGGCUUAAGGACGGAAUACAGGUCCCGCAGGAUUCCCGGCAUGUCUGGCUGCCAGGCGGUGAUCUGCAGCUGAUCCGGGUGGGUCUGUCGGAGUCUGGAUUCUACACCUGCCUGGCAGAGAACCGGUUUGGGAAGGACCAGGCUAGCGCUGUGAUCAAUGUGACUGGUCCCCCCCUCCCUGAGGAUGCCAGUCACAGCGGCAUCAUCGCGGGUGUGAUCAUCGCAGUGCUUGUCGUGUUCCUGUUCAUCGGCGCCGUGCUCAUCUUCAGGUACCUGCGCAACAGGAAGAGCCCCUACACCAUCAAGAUGCCGGAGAAACUGCGGAACUUCCGUUUCCCCAGCAGGAACACCCACAGCAUCGCGCUGGACCAGACGGUGGCCUUCCUUGGGGAGUCUGUGGAACUCGACACCAAACAGCAGGAGAGUUACCCCGACCAGCAGCCCAUCUACAGCCCCGACCCUGGCCCACAGAAUAAAUACGUCAAGCUAUAAUGUCCUGCCCAAUGCACCCUGCAGAUUGAGUUGUAUAUAAUACAGAAUAUCCUCAGCAAAGAUUGUUAAUAUUCACAUUACAUGAUCCUGAACCUUUUCACUGACCUGAGGUAGCUAAGAUGUUCAGGUCCAAACUUAGCAUGUAGUGAGUCACCUCGUGUUGCAGGAUGAGAGUCAGAGGUGUGAAGCACAAAGAUCUGAAGACUUGUCAGAUUUCCCAGAUAGAUCUGCAGACAGCCAAACAUAGCUCAUAUUUUGUAAAUGUUUUAAAACAAGAAAUGAAUCAAUACUGAGAGUAGAUUAUAUUUAAUGGCCUAGCCUUUCCUGAGGUUGGAGCUUUUAUUUAUUUUAAACUCAUCAUUAUCUUUAGCUGUAAGUUAUUUUGUUGAAAUGUAAGAACACGCAUAUCAUUUACAGUGAGAUGUUAGAUAUGUAUAUCUUGAAACCAGCUAGCUUUGCAAUUUUCAAGCACUUACAAAUGUCUAUUUUCCAGUAUUAGGACUAGGAGUCAUCCUUAGCUACUCUACAGAACACAAAGUAUUGUUGCUCUAUCUUUAUAUCUACUGUAAAUAAGCAAGGAAGGUUCUUCUGAAGACUACUGAGGUUUACAGGGCAUAGUGUGAGUGGUGUUGUUUUUAUUAUUAUUGCUGUUGAUAAUGUUCUUGUUGAGGUGUUGCAUGCUCUAGUCCAUUAUUGUACGUUCAUAGCCUAUUACAGAGUUUUUUUAUGUUAUGACUAGAUUAGAUGUUAAGAUUUAUUUUAUAUCUUUAUUCAUCUUUUAAACUCUUUGUUCACUUGUCUCCAAGCCAAUCAAGCAUCUCGGUGCUUUUCUUCACUGUUUUAAAAAAGGUAAAUAGCACUGAUUUGGGGUUUGUACAGAGUUUUUGAUUAUCAUCUGUCAGAAUUAGUUUCACAAUGUAUUUAUUUUCAUGAGAUAUGUUCCUCAGCUUUGAACCUACAUAGUAUUUUAAUUUAUAGACCUACGAAUGUGCAAAUAAAGUAUGUAUGCAAGUUUAAAGAAAUAAGAAAGUAUUUCAGACACCACUACUGAUGGUGUGUCAAUACUAGUGUGCAUUUACACUAGGUAAUGAUAGAGAAACAGGCUGUUGUCAUGGAAAUACAUUUCAUUUGCUGUUGGCAAUUAUGAAAAUAUAAGCAAUAUAAGAAAGAAUGGGCACCACCAAUGCAAGAUGUUAGGCUAACAUUAAGAUAAGACUUACAAUAAACUGUGCUUGACGAAAUGGUUAUAUCAGAACUGUAUCAGAACUGUAAUGAUCAGAACUUGUAACUGACCAUGAUUAAGACGAAUGAAAGGCAGAAACUCAAGAGAUGUUUUAUCUAAGUGUGAUGCCGUCCUUUUCAUGGGCGGUUUACACACUUUCAAAAUAUGACAAAAAAGAUUCCGGAUAAUAUUUUCAUCUAUCGUUGAAAAGAAUAUAAACCAAUAAACCAAUUUAUGGAAGAGA